AUUUCUGAAAUAAUUAAAUUUUAUUAAUAUACUCCAAUAAUCGAUAUACAUUAGUUAGUUUUACUAAAUCGUCGCAGUUCGUAAGUAAAUUAAAUGACCUCGAGCUGUCAUCUGUCACCGAUACUUAUUAAAAUGAUGUGAUGACAAUUCAUUGUCUGUGCGAAACAGUACAAUAUUUAUUGUGAUGUUAAUAAAAACAACGUAAUAGUUGUUAAAAUCCAUAAAAGCCCAGUAAAAAUUCUAGUCAAUUAACAUGAGAUUUUAGAAGUACACAUACAUUAGCUAGUAACAGUCACGAAUAGGUUAGAACAACAAAUUUAUAAAUGCUAAAAGAUUGGCGAGGAAGCGUGCUUGAGUCGGGUGAUGAGUGCCAGUGAAACAGUACCAAUUUUAGUCAACACUAGUGUUACGGAAAACGAAGUGCACAGUGCCUUGUCGGUAGCCUCUUGCAGCGACGGCGAAGAUGUACCAUUAGUUCCUGAAGUCGCAUUCGAGUCAGCGUUGGAUUCACCGGGCAUCAACAGAGAGUCACAGCCGCUUUUGGGAGGGCUUGAUGUCUCUUACAAUCAAUUCCCAGACGAUCCCGCCUUCAGCGAUCUCGUGUGGCAGUCGGAGGUCGCGAUCGACAAUGGCAUAUUCCCCGAAAGGAUAUCGCAGGGCUCGAGCGGCUCCUAUUUCGUCAAGAACCCGUCGGGGAAAAUCAUCGCUGUGUUUAAACCAAAGGACGAGGAGCCGUACGGCAGACUGAACCCGAAAUGGACGAAGUGGAUGCACAAAUUGUGCUGCCCUUGUUGUUUCGGACGCGCUUGCCUCAUACCAAAUCAGGGCUACUUAUCGGAGGCCGCCGCGUACGUCGUCGACGCUAAGCUCAAUCUGAACAUCGUACCCAAAACAAGAGUCGUAAAACUAGUUUCGGAAACGUUCAAUUAUUUAAGGAUAGAUAGGCAAAAAGCUAGGGUUAAAAGGGCGAUUAUGGAACAAUUUCCUAACGUCGGUUUGAGAUUUAAUAGGAUGAGUCUUCCACCGAAGAGUGGUUCAUUCCAAUUAUUCGUCGACGGUUACAAAGACGCCGAUUAUUGGUUGCGCAGGUUCGAAAUAGAGCCGUUGCCUCCGCAGGUCAUGCAACAGUUUCAACUACAAUUCGAACGACUCGUCGUUUUGGACUACAUAAUCCGAAAUACGGACCGGGGCAACGAUAACUGGCUGAUCAAAUACGAUCCACCGACGAUAGCCAACGGGAACGCCGUUAAUAUCAAUAACACCGCGACGCACGUGGAGCUAACCGACACCACUGAGUGGAGUAUGGUCCAGUUGCCGGAGAUCAGCAUCGCGGCCAUUGAUAACGGUCUGGCGUUCCCGUACAAACACCCCGACAGUUGGCGGGCAUAUCCAUACCACUGGGCCUGGUUGCCUCAGGCCAAAGUUCCUUUCAGUAAGGAGACCAGGGAUCUGGUCUUGCCAUUAUUGAGUGAUCUGCACUUUGUACAGGACCUAUGUGAUGAUUUAUAUUUACUUUUUAAGCAAGAUAAAGGUUUUGAUAGGAACCUAUUCGAAAGACAACUUUCAGUGAUGCGGGGCCAAAUAUUAAAUUUGACGCAAGCUCUAAAGGACGGAAAAUCACCAGUGCAACUUGUCCAGAUGCCUGCGGUCGUUGUCGAAAAGUCUCAAGGGGCUCAUACAUCAAGAUUUUUCAAUUUCACCCAACGCUUCCAAGACAAAAGCCCCUUCUUUUCAUGGUGUUAACAUUUUAUCUGUAUAUAUAAGGAUAACCAGAUCUAUUAUAUUUAUGUAAUUUUUUCUUAUUUACUAGGUUUCUUUUAUUGUCAAAUCUUUUUUUUAAUUAUUUUAUGUAUCAUAUAAAUAUUAAAUCUACUAAAGAGAGAAUUAUAUUAACUAAAAAUUUAUUAAAAAGAUUUUAUUAUAA